GACAUAAACGCAUAACAAACAAAAAUUAAUUAGAGAAAAAAAAUGUCUUAGAAUCCACUAGAGAACAGAGUCCAGUCCAUAUCCUGUGGCUGUGGUGUCCGUUCCCCUUUAACUCGAGUCUGAAGUCUCAACCGAAGUUGCAGAAAGCCAGACAAUAAGAUAGUAAAACCAGAUAAACCCCAAAUAAGGUAUUUAUCUUGAUAGUUGAUAUUUGCUCAAAGUUUUCAAGUAAAGAUUGCAGCUUUUCAAUCUCUGGGUAGUUUUUGCUGGCUUAAUCCAUGGCUUCUUCCAUGCUCAGUGGAGCUGAAAUCUUCACUCCCAUCAGAGGGGUAACCCCCAAAAGGAUUGAUUUUUUCGGGUCAGAUUUUCAGGGGAAACACUUAUCCAAUCUGGGUUUAAUCUCUAGUGCCAGAAUCUCCAGGCCAGGAACAAUGAUGGCCCCAAGGUGCAGCUUAUCAGCAUCAAGGCCAGCUUCACAACCAAGAUUCAUACGACACAAAAAGGAGGCUUUUUGGUUCUACAGGUUCCUCUCAAUCAUUUAUGACCAUUUGAUAAACCCUGGUCAUUGGACUGAAGACAUGAGAGAUGUUGCACUUGAGCCAGCUGAUCUAAACGACAGGAACACGAUUGUUGUGGAUGUCGGUGGUGGAACUGGUUUCACUACUUUGGGCAUCGUUAAGCAUGUGGAUGCUAAGAAUGUCACAAUUCUCGAUCAAUCUCCACAUCAGCUUGCCAAGGCUAAGCAGAAGGAGCCCCUGAAGGAAUGCAAGAUAAUUGAAGGUGAUGCAGAAGAUCUCCCCUUUCCUACCGAUUAUGCAGAUAGAUACGUGUCUGCUGGCAGCAUAGAGUACUGGCCAGACCCACAGCGGGGCAUCAAGGAAGCAUACAGGGUGUUGAAACUAGGAGGAAAAGCUUGUGUAAUAGGUCCUGUGUACCCUACAUUUUGGUUGUCACGCUUCUUUGCGGAUGUUUGGAUGCUUUUCCCCAAGGAAGAAGAGUAUAUUGAGUGGUUUGAAAAGGCAGGAUUUAAGGAUGUCCAACUCAAAAGGAUUGGUCCUAAAUGGUAUCGUGGAGUUCGCAGACACGGAUUGAUCAUGGGGUGCUCUGUAACCGGCGUUAAACCGGCAUCUGGGGACCCUCCUUUGCAGCUCGGGCCGAAGAUGGAGGAUGUAUCGAAGCCGGUAAACCCAUUUACAUUUCUCUUGCGCUUUAUACUGGGUACCAUGGCAGCAACGUAUUAUGUGUUGGUCCCUAUCUAUAUGUGGUUGAAGGAUCAAAUCGUACCGGAAGGUCAACCGAUCUAAACAGAGACCGUAGCUGCAGCCACCCUUCGGAGUUGCGUAUAUUUCUUUAGGUAUACCGUAUGUAAUGUAAGACAUCUUCUAGCUAUGUCAGGUUUCUGCGUGUUCAUA